AAGAGAAUCAAGAGGAGAUAGCAGAGACAUUAUAUGAGCAAUCAGAUGAAGUAAUGGAAUCCGUUUUCCCGUUUGCAGGUGGAGAUGGAUAUGAAAAUCAAGGAGAAUCAUCGUCAACAUAUCUAUUAGAUAAAAAUAGUGAUAAAAAGGAAGGAAUAUCAUUAGAAUCAGAAUAUAAAGGAUUACAAGGGAAGGAUAAGAAUAAAUCAGGGAAAAAAUAUAAAGGAUCAUUUGCAUUAAGAUUUUUACCUCGAUAUACACCUAAACUUAAUCAAAACGAUGGAGUUUUUGCGAAUUUAAAUGCUAAACCAGAUAUAUCAAAGGAGAUGAAGGAGGAAUUUCCACCGUCGUAUGAACAAGCGGCAGCAGAUGCAACACCAUCGUAUUGGGAAAAUACAAUGAUUGCACCAGGAAUAUCGACAGAUGAGGUAUUUAUUGAUGGACUUCCUGUAGGGAAUAUUUUUGGUUUUUUAUGGAAUAUGCUAAUAUCGUUUUCUUUUCAAUUUAUUGGAUUUCUUCUAACAUAUUUACUUCAUACAACGCAUGCAGCAAAAAAUGGUUCAAAAGCGGGCCUUGGAACAACUCUUGUUCAAUAUGGAUUUUAUAUGAGAUCUAUGAAAUAUAAUGUAUUUAAUCAGGACAAUUCUGAUCCUAAUUCUGAAGAUGAUAAUCAAACAUAUCAAAGCGACUCUUUAGAUCAUAUUAUUGUUUCAUAUCUUUUAAUGAUUACCGGCUGGUUUCUUUUAAUUCGUUCUACAGCAGAUUUUUUAAAAGCAAGACGUAUUGAAAUGUGUGUCAAAGAAACAUCAUCUUCAGAUACGCCUCAAACAUCACAAACAGAAACACCUGAAGCGGUUGUAUAAAUCUUUUUUCAAUUCUUUGGUAUCCUUCCGAUUCUUUCAAUUUCUA